CUAGGUGGCGCUGUAUUCCAUGUUAUGUAAGGAAAUGCUGCUAUGUUUCAUAAGUUCCCACGUUCCAUUUAGAACCGUACACACAGCUUAUUAUGUCCGGGGGAACAGCGCUGGUGCAGGGGGCAAGCAGAGGGAUUGGACUCCAGUUCUGUAGGUACUUGGUUCUUUCCAGAUACGAAAUCAAUGUUAUAGCAACCUGCAGGAACCCCGAGGCAGCCACAGAGCUGCAAGAAUUCCAAAGGGAGUAUCCUAAAGCACUUCGGAUCAUGAAAAUGGAUGUAACCAGGGGGCCUGAUAUUCAGCACACAGCAGAGAAAGUCAAGGAAGAAUUCGGUAGCCUGGAUCUCCUGAUUAACUCCUCGGCAAUGCUUCAUCCCAGUGGCAAGGGUGAGACUAGCCUCAGGGAGGUCACUGCCGAGGUGAGCACUUUAAAAAAAAUAAAAAAAAAUACUUCAUUAAAACCCAUUCCUCUUUCAUUCAAACUGCUUGGUCCAUGGAUUGUGUUGUUUUUAAAUUCCAGUAUAUAUUUAUUUAACCCAAGGGGAAAGGACAUCUGAGAGUGACUGUCCACCUGCUAUUCAUUAACCUGUUGCUUAGGUAAAUUAAAAUACUGUCUUCAAUUAAAGGGACACUGUAGGGACCCAGACCAUUUCAGCUCAUUGAAGUAGUCUGGGUGCAAACUCCCAUCACCCUAACCCUGAGCAUGUAAUUAUUGCAGUUUUUAUAAACUGCAAUAAUUACCUUGCAGGGGUUAACUCCUCCUCUGGUGGCUGUCUACCAGAUAGCCACUAGAGGGACUUCCGGGUGUAUAGGCGACUUUUGGUCGCCUAAAUGACAUUGGACGUCCUCACACUAUGCAUGAGGACUUCCAGCAUCACCGGAAUCCCCAUAGGAAAGCAUUGAAUAAUGCUUUCCCAUGGGGAAAUCCUAAUACGAGCGCCACCAUUGCUGUGCAUGCGCAUUAGGUCUCCCCAGCAAGCCGACGUGUUGGGGGAGGAGUGUGGGCGGAGCUGAGACAACGCCGAGGGACAUUGGUGCUGGACCCAGGUAAUUGACACUAGGGGUUAUUAACCCCUUCUGCACUGCAGGGGGUGGAGUGGGGGCUUUUGACAGAGGGCGAAGCUAUAGUGUCAGGAAAACAAGUUUGUUUUCCGGGCACUAUAGUUGUCCUUUAAAGGACCUGUGAUAUCACUAGAUAUCUAAUACAUAUAUAUGAUUUAUUUUAAUUCUUUAUUUCUGCAUGUAAAAUACAUAGACUUAAUGCAAGUGAUAUAACCGCAUAGUUUUUCACAGAAUGAAAAGGGGCUGAUAGCCCAAAACAACAAUUAUUUUUUAAAAUUCAUUAUCUAUGUAAUGCAUUAAACAACAGGAGGGUGUUUUCUAUUUUUGUUUUCCUGUACAGUUCUGCCUUGCAACAUUUUUAUUGUGUAUACUUCAGGGCAGCCCUUUUUAAGUGCUGUCUGUCACUAUGUGCUUUGUGACUAGGAAAAUAUGAUUCAUAUUGUGCUAAUUACAUUUGGAGAUAUGUCAUGGUUGCUAAAAUAAAGGGCAUCAUAACGGUUACCGGAAAACACAGCAGAAGCCACACAUAGAGAGAUGGACACAAUUCUUCAGGAAGUAACAGGACUUUUAUUUACACACCGAUCGGGUCUCAGAUGAACUCCUGUUCUAAAAAUAUCUGAGAGCCAGAGCACAGAUUGCAGAAGCUUUUUGUUAGCAGCAUAUCCCCUCCCAUACAGUAUAACCCCUCCUAUAUUCCUCAGACCAAUCCGCAAACAGGAUAUUCAGGAUCACCUUAUAUGGGCAGACCACAUGGUUCAUCUGAGACAAAGGAAUGUGCUUUCCACUUCCGCACAUGCUCAGUACACUGACUCAUCCAACUGUUUGUAAUCAGAUACUAAUUAGCAUAUGCCAUGUGGAGAUUUUGGCCUACUAAAUUUUGACCAUGCUGGAAUCCCAUCACAUAACCACUACAGCAAUUGUCACAGUGCCUAGAGUGCUCCUUUAGUGUCCGCUGACAAUCCCAGCCAAAGAAUUGCAUAAUACUGAUAUGAAUAUGCCAAACUUUCACUUUGGUAUAUCUGUGCAUUCUUGAAGGACCCCUGAAGCAUUUCAGCAUCAGGAAAGUGUCAGACCAUGCCUAAACACUUUGACAGUGGCUGUGCCAAGCAGAGACAUCUUAAUGCAAGGGCACACUGGGCAGUUUUCCGGGGGCCCCGUGGACUUGCCAACGUUUCUGUAUAUUAUUUUUGGAGAUUUCAAGCCAAUUCUAAAGCAAUUCUCUGCAAAGACAUUUUGCAAAGUUUUGUGUUGAACACUUGAUUAAUAAUAAAUGAUGCAUAGUAAUUUCAUACUCUGCAAUCUUCGUCUGUAUGAUUUACCAACUGAGCACCAUUUUUAUGUUGAAUUUCUUGUUUUUUAACUUCAAAGCUCAUGCUAUAUUGUCCAAAUAUUUGUGUGGACUAAUCUCUGCUGUACAGCAUGUUUUUUUUUUAAUGUUUAAAAGCUGAUUAUGUUGGAGGUACCAAUAAAUAUAAGCUUAAUUUUAUCGAUUUAAUUUAAAUUUUUAUUCUUGUGAGAGGUUGUGUAGGCAGGGCCGCAGUGCACUGCUUUGCCCGGGGUUCUAUAAUGCUGUUAAGGGGACCCUGGCACCAUAAAAUACAGCACUGUAGUGUAGGGGUGUUAAAAGUAUCCCAUGUAUUUCUUAUUCCCUUGCACAUUAUUCAAUAAACACUGAAUUGCUUCCAAAUCACUUGAAUUUUUAAAACUUAUUAGUGGUAUAUUUUAGUUACCUUUUUGCACAUACUCCUAGAAAUGUAUACAUUUGGGCCUGUAACAACCCUUUUGUUACAGCUAUCUCUCAGCUUUGAAACUAUAUUUAAGAUCAUAUGUUCAGCUAUUAUGUGUAACAGUGUUUCUGUUUCCAUUUAUGAUGCAGAUAAUACAGCGUAGUAAACAUUGCUUCUUCCCCCUCCUCCCCCUUCUCUCCCAGGAUCUGUCUUUGACAAUUGCUACAAACACCAUAGGACCACUGAUGAUGGCUAAAUAUUUUGCACCACUGUUAUUGAGAGGAACAGGAGCUUUUGGAGCUGAAGCUUCUGACAAGUCGAGGCAGCACCGAGCAAUUCUUGUGAAUAUGAGUGCUAAAGUAGGCUCGAUAGAGGACAAUGGUAAGAUAAUUUAGAAUUUUUAUAAAUGUGCUUUAUACUUGGGAACAUUAUUUUUUAAUAAUUAUAACCAAAAAACAAUAUUUUUCGAUUUAUUUACUUAUUGUUACUCAUAGACUAUAUAGCUAAGUACUAUAAUGCUAAAUCUUGACUUGUGAGUAGGGUCAUACUUUCCUUUUGUAUGGUCUGUAUUCUGUACCAUUUAUUUCCCCAUUUGUACGGCACUGCAAAAUAUGUCCGGGUUUUACAGAUAUUAAUCAUAAUGACUAGAUGUGAGCAGUUCAUCUAGUCCUGAAACAAAUUUCGUUUAAUUUUAGUGAUUUUUUUUUCCUGUUUGGCUGUUAACAUAAAUAUCUUUAAGGUUAGUAUAUCUUACAUUAUUAUCGCGAUUAUUUAUAAAUGCAUUAUAUAUUUAUAAAUUAUUGAUCCAAUUAAUUAAUAUACUUCUAGCCCUAGGUGGAUGGUACAGCUACCGAUUGUCUAAAGCAGCUCUAAACAUGGUCACCAAGAACCUCUCCAUUGAGCUGGGAAGAGGAAAGAACAAAGUGAUCUGCGUUUCCUUGCAUCCUGGAUCUGUGGACACAAACUUGUCUCGGCCUUACCAUAAAAAUAUUCAGAGGGAGAAACUGUUCACGACUGAGCAAUCUGUGUUUUGUCUAAUGAACAUCAUUGAAACUCUAAAUUUAGAUAAAACUGGGAAGUUUUUCUCAUGGAAUGGUUCUGAACUUCCUUGGUGAUAUUGUUUUUACAUGAUAUAUGUAUAUGUUUAGGUAAUACAUUUAAUAUAGCACUCCUUAUAAUAUUUGGAAGUUCGUGCUGUCACAUCAUUUUAAUCCAAGCUAUUUUUCUUAAUGCUUUGUUCAGGAAACAAGUGUAUAAUAACUUUGUUUGUUUGUUCAUAAAAGGAGUCUUGUACUCUGAAAUCUUAAAUCAGCGCUGUCACUGUCGAG